AUGCGGUGGUUCAAUGUGACCCUCGCCCCGGCCGACCGCCUGGCCCCGGCCGGCGCGCCCCCGCCCGCCGACGACACGUGCUCGUGGCUUCCGGCAACGGCACGCGCCGGCGUGUUUGGCGCGGCGCCCUUUGAGGCGCCCGCGGCCGGCGGCAGCGGCGGCGGCGGCGGCGCAGCGCGGGCGCUUGCCAUCGCACUGCCGCUUGCGCUAGGCGUGCCCGCGCUCGCGGCGGCGGCGUGGGCGCUCGCGGCACGCGGGCGGCGGCGCGGGCGGCCGGCUUGCUGGAGCGGGGCGGGCACCCUCCUGCGGGGCCGUGGCGGCAAGGCGCUGCCAUUCUCAGCGGGCGCGGCACGCGGGGCGGCCGCGCAGGAUCAGCGGGGCCAGCAGCAGCAGCGGCGCCCAGGCGGGCCCCCAAACGCCGCAUUCGAGGUUGUCGUCGGGCGCCCUGGCGGCGCCGAAACGGACGCCAAGGACCCCGCACGCAGCACGCCUGCGGCUGCGCCGGCCGCCGCGAGCGAGCAGCAGAGCGGCUUCCGGCGCCUGUCGCAGGCGAUCGGGGCGCUCUCGAUCGACCUGCAGCAGCGGCGGCUGCUCGCGUCCCUCGCGCUGCCCGAGGAGGGCGGCGCCGGCGCUGGCGGCGGCGUGAGCCCGCCGGCGAGCUGCGACCUGGAGGCGCCGCCGCAAGACCACGCGGGUAGCAGCCAGCCGCGCGUCAGCCGGGAUUCGCACCUCAGUAGCGCCCCCAGCGCCGCCGCGGCCGCCGCAGCCGCGGCCGCCGCCGCCGCCGGCGACCAGGGGGUGCUGGGCGCCCUGGGGCAGGGCCCCGCGGCGCCGCCGGCGCUGCAGCUGCACGAGCUGCUGGGCCGCGGCACGUUUGGCCAGGUGUGGCGCGCGACGUGGCGCGGCAGCGUGGCGGCGGUCAAGGUGAUGACGCUGCCGCUGAGCGGGAACGAGGGGGAUCUCGACGGCGGCGGCGACGACUCCGGCGGCGAGGGCGGCGGCAGGCGCGCCAGCCCGCUCGAGCAUAUGGCAGUCAAGGAGGCGGCGAUCAGCGCGAGCGUCAGCCACCCAAACAUUGUGCAGGUGUUCACAUACAUGCUCAAGCCCGUGACAGUAGACGACAUCGAGUAUGCCGGCGAGCGCGGCCACCGGCCGUCCACCGCCGCGCCGCCCGCCUCGCCGCUGCCGCCGCCGCCGCCGCCGACGCCCCACCCACAGCUGGGCGGCCAGAGCCUCGCCCGCGACUCGGUGGGCGCGGCGGCGGUGGCGGCCUGGGACCUGCGGCUGGUCAUGGAGUACUGCGAGCUGGGGUCCCUGCGCGCCGCCCUGGACUCUGGUCUGCUGCGCAACCCGGCCACGGGCGCCACGCACCUGGGGGUGGCCGUGGGGGUGGCCCACCACGUCGCGUGCGCCAUGCUGCACCUCCACUCAGACGGCAUCCUGCACGGGGACCUCAAGGCCAACAACGUGCUGCUGCGCGCCGGCCCCAGCGGCGUCCACGUCCCGCUCCCGCACCUGCCGCCGCCGCCCUCGCCCUCGCCGAUCGCCAGCGGCCCCACCGGCGGCAGCACGGGGUCCCGCGGGCGCUCCGACCACCUCACAGCCGAGCAGCGGCUGAGGGCGGCGAUGGGCGCCGGCGGCGGCAUAGUGGCCAAGGUGGCGGACUUUGGCCUCAGCCAUUCACUCAGCCCUGCAGACACGCACAUCAGCGACAUGCACGCCGGCACCCUCACACACAUGAGCCCAGAGCUCCUCGUCCAUGGGCGCGCCUCCAAAGCCUCCGACGUCUACGCCUACGGCAUUAUGUUGUGGGAGCUGGCCACUGGCGGCAAGGCCUUUGCGGGCAUGCCCCGCGCACUCAUCGGCCAUCAGGUUACCGCGAAGCGAAAGCGCCCCGCGUGGCCGGCCGCGCUGCGCCCCUCGUCUUCGCCCUUUGGCAUCGUUUCGCUGGACGGCGCAGGCCCCGAGACGCGCGUGCGGCGCGGCUUCAUAGAGCUGGCAGAGCGCUGCUGGGCGCACGACCCCCGGUACAGGGAGGCGGGGGCGCGAGGCGGGGGCCCUGCCUUUGGCUGA